AUGCCUGGUGAAGUUGGUAUCCACUACAGCGAUAAAUGGAGCACCGUGAAAGGGACACGACCAGUUCUCGCCCCGUCCGAUGCAGCUGGGCUUAUAACCUUCACCAAGAAUAGCCGUAUCGACAUGAUAGCCCAGUCGCUGUUGGUUGGGAUGACUCGGUCGCAGCUUGACGUGCCAGCUGAUGCGACUGCUAAUGAUGAGAUUCGAAUAAUCAGCGUAUCUCCGGUGACACUGUUCACCAUCGAAGGGCGUAUCAGCAUCAACAAUCCCUGGGCCAGUAUUAUAGCUGACUCCGCCGACUUUGUCGACAUCAACUACAUCGCCGAUCACGGUUUGAGAUGGAAGCGAGCACCUUCAGCGAGAGAGGUGACGAAAGAGGCUGAUGUGUAUUUUCUAGUUGGAAAAGUAACACUCGGUAGCCAAAAUGUCUAUGGUCUUAUUGACACCGGCGCCCCCGAGACGUUCUUCCUCUGGAAGCAUUGGUAUGAGAAGGGUCAUCCAGGGAGGUGCAAGGACAUCAUAUUCGGUUGUUAUGAAUGCAGCCCUGAGCCUUGCAGGGAGGGAAAACUUUAUAUACUACAUUUCGGAGAUGGAUCCAUAGUAAGGAUCUUCAAGGAAUCUGCAACGGCCCAUUUCGGCUCAGCUGUCAGUGCCACUAUUUCAUUCGGUCUGGUUGCUGAAUACAAGUGCGCUCCCGAUGUGCCAGUCCCUCAUGCCAGUUUCGGAUUGGCACCACAAGAUGAUCCAAAAUCAUCAUAUGUUCCGAUAAUAGAACAACUUCUCUCACAGAAGCUUAUCGAGAGUAGUAUCUUCUCGAUCUACCUCAGGCAUGAUGGGACUAAUGGAAGAGGGGAGCUCCUUCUCGGUGGAUCGGAUCCUAGUAUGUAUAAGAGUCCGUUGGUCUAUGUAGCGGUUACUACUGAAGACAAGUUUGUCCGAGUUACUGGCUUCUCCCUUGGAGGUAGCGCGUAUCCUGUAAUGGCUGUGAAUGAUGAUGGUAUCCUUGAUACUGGAGCAGAGUGCAUAUUCAUACCUAUGCACAGGUAUACUCUUCCUACCCUCAUCAAAGAUCUUGAGGCUCGAUCAAGCAGUAAGACUGAACAGCUCAGCACAGUGAAGACAACCGCCAACGCUGGAGAACCUCGCUUCGAUCAUCGAGCGUUCGAAGCCUGA